UUGACCAUCUCAUCUCAUAUAAUCUAAUCUCAUCUCCUCACGCUGCCGUAUAACAGAAAGGAUUGGAGUUUGGACGGAGGAGCGGCUGCGGCACCACCACAAUAACUCUUCUCAACUUAGAAGCGCGAUCGUCUUUCCCUCAAGGCCAUCGCCGCUACACGGAGCCAGAGAUUGUAGCAUUUAGUGAUCAGGCUGCCAAAGAUUCCUCAUCUUCGAAAUCAUGACGGACUACGAAGGAGGCAGGUACGAAGCCGACGAUUUUAACAACAAUAUCAACAGCAACGGCGGCGACGGCCACUACGCGGCAGCUGAUGACGCCGCAGCUGGAGUUGCUUCCCCUCAGGCGCGAGGCAGUGGCCACGACGCUGCGGAUGACUAUGGCGAUUCUAGAUCUCAGCAUGAAUCUCGAGACGUCAAAAGAGAAUCAUCAAAGAGUAGGGAAAAGGAAAGAGAAAGAAGGCGCGGCAAAGAGAGGGACCGAGACCGUGAAAGGGACAGGGAUAGAGAGAAAAGCAGACCGAGAUAGGGAGAAGGACCGAGAUAGGGAUCAUGACCGUCAUCACCGUGAUAGAGAUAGAGACAGAGAUCGACACAGGGAUCGCAGUGAACGAAGGGAGCGAGGUAGAGAUAGAGAUGGCGAUGAUGACCGCCCUCAAAGCCGGGAUUAUGAUAGGCAUAGAGAUCAUGAUAGGGACAGAGAAGAGAGACGCAUACGCAGCUCGCGUUCUCAUUCCAGGGGUCGAUCUCCUUCAAAGGGUAGAUCCGAACACCGGUCAAGGUCACGCUCUCGAUCACGUUCUAAGAGCAAAAGACGUAGUGGCUUUGAUAUGGCUCCUGCAGCGCCUGCAAUGCUGCCUAUCCCUACUGCUGCAGGUAUGUUACCUUUGGGCGAAUUGAAAAUUGUCAUGUUUUCUUAACUGCUACUUCUGUUUUGGUUUGAUAUAGUGUGGAAAGUGCGUAUGCAAUUUCUUGCUCUCACUUGGUAAGAUUCCCCUUAUUUGUACGUGUAGCUCUUUAAACCUGUGGUUUUAAAUGGUCCCUAUUAUUACUAAUGCUUACUUGGUGAAAUAAUUCUGGAACUGAGAUUUUUUUUGGUUUUUUCUUGUGUUUGGUGUUUGUUUGUUUUUUUCUUGUGUCUUGUCUCUUGUUGUACGAAGGCAGUGUCGGGCUACUUGUCCCACUGUGUUGACAAUGGGUGUGAGCCGACUACUGUAGCUUUUAUGUUGAAGGAGGAACCACUGCACCAGUUUGAUGGUUCUUGUUCGUCUUCAACUGGCGACUAAUGCGUGUUUUGGUAGCUUGCGUAUAUAUCCUCCAGAACUUGAAUAAACGAUGCAUUUAUGACUUACUGGUUAUACUAGAGUAUUUUGCAGCCUUAGUCAUUUGCAGGAUCUCAAACACAAUGUAUGGUAGCCAUUGUCAUCAAAGUUUUCUCAUUUUAUUCAAUUUCUUAUUCUUAUACAGGCCAGAUUCCAGGGGCCAAUCCUGCCCUUGCUGGAAUGUUUCCCAACAUGUUUCCGCUUACAGCUGGUCAGACAUUUGGAACACUUCCUGUAAUGCCAGUUCAGGCAAUGACACAGCAGGCUACCAGGCAUGCACGGCGUGUAUACGUUGGAGGGCUUCCUCCUUCAGCUAAUGAGCAGUCUGUUGCAACAUAUUUUAAUCAAGUCAUGGCAGCCAUUGGAGGAAACACAGCUGGCCCAGGUGAUGCUGUUGUAAACGUGUAUAUAAACCACGACAAGAAGUUUGCCUUUGUGGAGAUGAGAUCUGUCGAAGAGGCAAGUAAUGCAAUGGCUCUGGAUGGUAUUAUGUUUGAGGGAGCUCCUGUGAAGGUGAGGAGGCCAACUGAUUACAAUCCAUCUCUAGCAGCAACACUUGGCCCUAGUCAACCAAAUGCCAACCUGAACUUGGGUGCAGUGGGUCUAACCCCAGGUUCUGCUGGUGGACUUGAGGGUCCAGACCGCAUAUUUGUGGGAGGACUUCCCUAUUACUUCACGGAGGCCCAAGUUAGGGAGUUGUUGGAGUCUUUUGGGUCGCUCCGGGGAUUUGAUUUGGUAAAAGAUAGAGAAACUGGAAACUCAAAGGGUUAUGCAUUUUGUGUGUAUCAAGAUGUUUCAGUGACAGACAUUGCAUGUGCUGCUCUGAAUGGAAUUAAGAUGGGCGAUAAAACACUAACUGUUAGGCGCGCCAACCAGGGUGCGAAUCAGCCUAAACCUGAGCAAGAGAGUAUACUAAUGCACGCCAAACAGCAGAUUGCUUUGCAGAGACUCAUGCUGCAGCCGGCAGCUACUAAAGUUGUCUGCUUAACUCAAGUUGUCACGGAGGAUGAGCUGAAAGAUGAUCAAGAGUAUGAAGACAUCUUGGAGGACAUGAGAAUAGAAGGCGGGAAAUUUGCCAUUUGUAGUCCCACAUUCUGCUAUAAAGAAUCAGGCCUUAACAUACAGACUGAAGACUUGAUAAUACCUCCAAAUUAUUAUUCACUUGAGAUUUGUUUUAUUCCUUUUGUUUCUUUUUCCUGAAAACUGACGACCGGCUAUAUGUAUGUUGACAAAAUAAUACACAGGUAAUUUGCUGAAUGUAGUCAUCCCCAGACCAAGUCCUGAUGGUGCUCCUUCGCCUGGAGUUGGCAAGGUCUUCCUGGAGUAUGCAGACAUUGAUGGUGCUACGAAAGCUCGAGCUGGUAUGAACGGCAGGAAAUUUGGUGGGAAUCAAGUGGUGGCCAUCUUUUAUGCAGAAAACAGGUUCCAUGAAGGUGACUAUGAUGGAUGAAUGGGACAGUGAACCCUUGUGAUGGGGUGGUGAUGGUAGGAAGGUUGGAUGUUUGAUAAUGAGGAGAGAGCCCUAGGUUGUUUUUGAGUUUUUCCCCAACUUUUCUGAACGAAAGAGAUUUCCUGGUGUUGAGAGAGUUGAUAAUGUCACAUCUGAAUGAGUUUUGAUUGGACGGAUGAAAAUGCACGCGUGUAGAAUCAUGUUUAGACCUCUGUUUGUUGGUUGCAGAAGACAUUCAUACAUUGGAAUCCUGUUAAAUCAGAACGAUUUGAAAAUUCGUGUGUUGCACCUUGUGUUUUCUCUCAUCUAGGGGGUGCAUCAUUGCAAACCCUCCAACAAUAUAACCAUAUGAUAAAUAGUUUCUUGUUUUUAGAUGUCGGAAAUUGGGCGGGCAUGACAGUCA